AUGUAUCUGAGACUUCUUGAAACCUGUAUUCGAUCAAGGAAUCUGACAUUAGGUCAGAUCAUUCAUCAACACCUUCUUAAACGCUCCCUUACGUUAUGUUCCUCUACCCUCCUCGUCAAUUUAACGCGUCUUUACGCAUCAUGCAACCAAGUCGAACUUGCACGCCAAGUGUUCGACGAAAUUCCUCAUCCGAAGACAAAUCCUAUUUCGUGGGACGUGAUGAUCAGAGCCUAUGCAUCGAAUGAUUUCUCGGAGAAAGCUUUGGAUUUGUACUACAAAAUGCUCGAUUCUGGUGUUAGAUCCACGAAAUACACUUACCCGUUUGUGCUGAAAGCAUGUGCUGGUCUGCGAGCAAUGGAAGAUGGUAAGCUGAUACAUAGCCAUGUGACAUGUAGCCACUUCACUACUGAUAUGUAUGUUUGUACUGCUCUCGUUGAUUUCUAUGCUAAAUGCGGGGAACUAGAUAUGGCAUUACAAGUGUUCGACAAAAUGCCUAAAAUUGAUAUUGUGUCAUGGAACGCUAUGAUUUCUGGGUUUUCUUUGCAUUGCUCUUUAACUGAUGUCAUUGGAUUGUUUUUGGAUAUGCGUAGAAGCAGCGAUGGACUCAGGCCUAAUUUAUCAACAAUCGUUGGGAUGUUUCCUGCACUAGGAAAGGCUGGUGCUUUGAGGGAAGGGAGAGCUGUUCAUGGGUAUUGCACACGGAUGGGUUUUAGCAAUGAUUUAGUUUUUAAGACGGGGAUCUUGGAUGUAUAUGGCAAAAGCAAGUGCAUUAUCUAUGCGAGAAGAGUUUUUGAUUCAGUGUCUUUAAAGAAUGGGGUAACCUGGAGUGCUAUGAUUGGAGGCUACAUAGAGAAUGAAAUGAUAAAGGAAGCUGGAGAAGUGUUUGUGCAGAUGCUGGUUAAUGCAGAUGUGGCAAUGGUGACACCAGUGGCCAUUGGGAUUAUUCUGAUGGGUUGUGCAAGAUUUGGAGAUCUGAAUGGAGGGCGAUGCGUACAUUGUUACGCGGUUAAAGCAGGCUUCAUGUUAGACUUAACUGUUGGAAACACGAUUAUUUCGUUUUACGCCAAGUAUGGAAGCUUAUGCGAUGCUUUUAAGCAGUUUAGUGAGAUUGGCUUGAAAGACGUUAUUUCAUAUAAUUCUCUAAUCUCUGGGUGUGUUGAGAACUGUCGUCCAGAAGAGAGUUUACGUCUAUUUCAUGAUAUGAAAUCAUCUGGAGUUAGGCCAGAUAUAACAACACUGCUUGGUGUCUUAAACGCUUGUUCUCACUUGGCUGCUUUGGGACACGGUUCUAGUUGCCAAGGGUAUUGUGUUGUUCAUGGCUAUUCAGCUUAUACAAGCAUUUGUAAUGCACUGAUGGAUAUGUACACAAAGUGCGGGAAACUUGAUGUAGCCAUGAGAGUUUUCGACACAAUGCAUAAGCGGGACAUAGUUUCGUGGAACACAAUGCUGUUUGGAUUUGGAAUUCAUGGGCUUGGCAAAGAAGCUCUUUCUCUGUUUAAAAGUAUGCGUGACACAGGUGUGAACCCAGACGAGGUGACUUUUCUUGCUAUUUUGUCUGCUUGUAGCCAUUCAGGACUUGUGGAUGAAGGGAAACAACUGUUCAAGCCAGAUAUAACAACACUGCUUGGUGUCUUAAACGCUUGUUCUCACUUGGCUGCUUUGGGACACGGUUCUAGUUGCCAAGGGUAUUGUGUUGUUCAUGGCUAUUCAGCUUAUACAAGCAUUUGUAAUGCACUGAUGGAUAUGUACACAAAGUGCGGGAAACUUGAUGUAGCCAUGAGAGUUUUCGACACAAUGCAUAAGCGGGACAUAGUUUCGUGGAACACAAUGCUGUUUGGAUUUGGAAUUCAUGGGCUUGGCAAAGAAGCUCUUUCUCUGUUUAAAAGUAUGCGUGACACAGGUGUGAACCCAGACGAGGUGACUUUUCUUGCUAUUUUGUCUGCUUGUAGCCAUUCAGGACUUGUGGAUGAAGGGAAACAAUUGUUCAAGUCCAUGUCUCAAGGAGAUUUCAACGUCAUCCCAAGAAUAGACCAUUACAUUUGCAUGACUGAUCUUCUAGCACGUGCAGGAUACUUGGAUGAAGCUUAUGAUUUUAUCAACAAGAUGCCAUUUGAGCCAGACAUUCGCGUGUUGGGUAUACUUCUCUCUGCUUGUUGGACGUACAAUAAUGUGGAACUUGGUGAUGAAGUGUCGAAAAAGAUGCAGAGUCUUGGAGGAACAACAGAAGGCCUAGUUCUUCUCUCCAACACCUAUUCAGCUGCUGAGAGAUGGGAAGAUGCAGAGAAUAUUAGAAUGACACAGAAGAAAAGAGGGCUUCACAAGUCCCCGGGUUUUAGCUGGGUUGAUGUUUGA